AGAAAAGAGACAAAAUGGGAUGAAGAACAGUACAAAUGAAGAAACAGAAGCUACAGGCCAAGCAGGAUAUGCCGUAGUGGAGGAUUUGAAACAGCAAGAAAAUGUGAAUGAUAGUUUCAGCAGUGAGAACAGCAUACUGGAAACAUCUAUUGGAAAGAGUUCUGUAGUUUUAGAGUCAGAUGUCUCCAUAGGAGAUGGAAGUGUCAAUAACUUGAAUGAAGACCUAGGACAGAGCUGCACAACCAGUAAUUCAGAUGAAGAUGAAGUGGAAAGCAGAGCUUCACCUGAGCCAGAUCUAAUCCUGAGAGAUUACCAGAUGGAAGUUGCAAAGCCAGCACUGAAUGGGGAGAAUAUUAUAAUAUGUCUCCCUACAGGCAGUGGUAAAACCAGAGUGGCUGUUUACAUUACCAAAGAUCACUUGGAUAAGAAGAAAAGAGCAUCAGAGCCUGGAAAAGUCAUAGUACUCGUUAAUAAGGUACCAUUGGUAGAACAGCAUUUACGAAAGGAGUUUAAUCCAUUCCUGAAGCGUUGGUAUCAAGUUAUUGGUUUAAGUGGUGAUUCUCAGCUGAAAAUCUCAUUUCCUGAAGUUGUCAGAAGAAAUGAUGUCAUCAUCAGUACAGCACAGAUCCUUGAGAAUUCACUGUUAAAUGCAGCUGAAGAAGGUGAAGAAGGUGUUCUCUUAUCAGAUUUUUCACUCAUCAUUAUUGAUGAGUGUCAUCACACUCAAAAGGAAGGUGUCUACAACAAUAUAAUGCGACGUUACUUAAAAGAAAAGAAGAAGAACAAGAAGCUAGCAAAAGAAAAUAAACCACUGAUCCCACAGCCUCAGAUUCUGGGACUUACAGCCUCACCUGGUGUAGGAGGUGCAACAUCCAACUCAAAAGCAGAAGAACAUAUUCUGAAAAUCUGUGCCAAUCUUGAUGCACGUAGAAUCAUGACUGUUGAAGAGCAUGCCCCCCAGUUGAAGAAUCAGGUGAAGGAACCAUACAAGAAGACUGUGAUUGCAGAUGACAAAAGAAGGGAUCCAUUUAGAGAGAGAAUUACUGAGAUCAUGACAGACAUUCAAAACUAUUGCCAGCUCCACCCAAAAUCUGAGUUUGGAACUCAGCCAUAUGAACAGUGGGUGAUUAGAGAAGAGAGAAGAGCUGCAAAAGAAGAAAAACGCAAGGAACGUGUCUGUGCAGAACACUUGAAGAAAUACAAUGAUGCUCUCCAGAUAAAUGAUACUAUCCGAAUGGUGGAUGCAUACAAUCACCUAAAUAACUUCUACAAGGAAGAGAAGAGUAAGAAGAUCCGAUGGAGUGAUGAUGAUGAUGAUGAUGAUGAUGAUGAACCAGCAGUAUCAAAACAGGAUGAAACAGAUGAAUUUCUAAUAGGUUUAUUUCAUGCAAAGAAGAAACAGCUGAAAGAGUUGGCUAGAAAGCCAGAAUAUGAAAACGAGAAGCUAAUACAGUUGCGAAACACUUUAAUGGAGGAAUUCACGAAGACUGAGGAACCUAGAGGAAUUAUUUUCACAAAGACUCGGCUAAGUGCCUUUGCUCUGUUCCAGUGGAUUAAGGAUAACCCAAAAUUUGAAGAAGUAGGAAUUAAGGCCCAUUAUCUUAUUGGUGCUGGACAUAACAGUGAAAUUAAACCUAUGACUCAGAAUGAGCAAAGGGAAGUAAUUGAUAAAUUCCGACGUGGAAGUGUAAAUUUACUUAUUGCUACUACUGUAGCUGAGGAAGGCCUAGACAUCAAAGAGUGUAACAUCGUUAUUCGCUACGGCCUCGUCACCAAUGAAAUUGCUAUGGUGCAGGCUCGUGGCCGAGCUCGAGCUGAUGAGAGCACCUAUGCACUUGUGGCUUCAAGUGGCUCAGGAGCUGUUGAACGUGAAGAUGUUAAUAUUUUCCGUGAGAAAAUGAUGUAUAAGGCAAUUCAGCGUGUCCAGAAGAUGCCACAGGAAGAGUAUUUAAAUAAGAUUCAGAAUUUCCAGUUGCAAAGUAUAGUGGAAAAACAAAUGAAGACAAAGAGAGAUCAGCGCAAGACAUACAAGAAAAAUCCUUCACUAAUAACAUUCCUAUGCAAAAAUUGCCACAAGCUGAUAUGUUCUGGAGAAGACAUACAAGUUAUUGAAAACAUGCAUCAUGUCAGUGUGAAAAAAGAUUUCCAAAGUCUUUACCAUACAAGAGAAAAUAAGACACUGCAAGAUAAGCAUGCCGAUUACCAGACAAAUGGGGAAAUUAUAUGUAAAGAUUGUGGACAAGCUUGGGGAAACAUGAUGGUUCACCGAGGUCUUGACCUGCCUUGUCUAAAGAUUAGAAAUUUUGUGGUUGUAUUUGAAGACAAGAAAACAACAAAGCAAAUUUUUAAGAAAUGGGGUGAACUGCCCGUCCAGUUCCCUAGUUUUGAUUAUGCAGCUCACUGUCCUUCAAGUGAUGAAGACUAAAGACUCAGAAGUAAAAUAAAAGCCCUUUUGAACUUUUCUGUAACUUCUGAUUAGAAGCUCCUGUGUCCUAUUGAGAGUGCUGCAUCAUAAACACUGUGAAAGCUCCUGGGCAAGAGGAAACUGUCUUGAAGAGGAAAAAAAACAAGGAAGGAGAAGGACGAAGUCACAAGACUGCUGUCUGCAUUCAGAUUUUCAGUGGUACUCCAGGACAAAGAUGACCAAAUACAUUGCAGUCACGUGUAUCCAUGGAACAAAUUCCUGUCUCUACUAACUACAGUCCGUCAUGGGAUGACAACACUGUCAAAAGUGUGUUAGGUGACCUGUUGUUAAGCACAGAACAUAAGACAGGCAUCCUGAGACUUGCUGUGGGGAUUAUUUUCUCUUUUUCUUCCUGGUACAACCCCUUUGAAGACAAAAGUGUCUCAAAAGAGGAGCCAUGUAAAAGAACAGAUUUGCUGAGUGUUAUUUCUGAAUUGUUGUUGCUUUAUCAGUGUUUUCAUGACUGAGUUCUUCCCCUCUUAUC